AUGAUCAACAAGUCCAUUAAGCAGAUCAGCGACUUCGAGGACCUGACUCAGGCAGUGGAGGCCGCGAUCCCCGAGAGCAGCACCUUCAUGAAUCAGGCCAACCUCAACUUCGAGCCCGAGCUGGACCACCUCAAGGAGGACGAUCGAGCGGAAAAGAGCUUGACCAACAUGGAGAUCGUGACGCUCAUGGGUUCCCAUCUGCUGACGAGGAUGGGACAGCGAGAAGUGCGGGGCAAGCUUCAACACUCAGCACCUCUCGUGAUAGUUAUCAAGCCUCCGAAGGACAUCUACAACGCCAAGUUAAAGGAGAAGAUCAGCAAGGAGAUGCUGACGUACUUCUACUACGAGCAGGACAUGAACUCCAGGGACUGGGAGGAUCCCCUUAUCAAGAAGCUCAAGCGUCUACCAGACGUCGGCGAGGACGGAGCGCUUCGGAAGGGCCGCAAGUACUUCUCCAAUCUACCCAAUGAGGCCAUCGAGUACGCCAAGUUGUUGAGCCAGGAGUUCGUGAAUCGACCACCUCACACCGCCCUCGGGGACACCGACGACUCCCUACAGGAGCUGGUUGGGGCGCUAGUUCGGACGAUCAUCAAGAUGAAGACCACGAAGGAGCUCGGGAAGCACACCGAGGACAAGUGUACAGCAUGCUGCGCGGCACCUACGACACCAACAACGGCACCAAAAGACGAGAAGAGCACGGACCCUCACGUCAAGCAGCAGGUUCGCAAGAUCCAUGAGAACAUGGGCUACUGCAGCAACGAGAACCUGGUCAUGGUGCUGAAGUACGGCAAGGCCAGACAGGCCUUCAAUGAGGCGGCGCAGAAGCUCGGGUGCCCGAGCUGCGAGGCGAAUAAGAGGCCGAAGCUCGCGAAGCCCUUCAAAGCUCCGACUACCUACCAGUUCAGCGAUGUCAUCGGCAUGGACAUCUUCUUCGUGUUGGGACCCGAGAACACCGCCGAGGUGCCCAUGCUGAAUAUUGUCUGCCACGGUACUGGACAUCAAGUUGCGAUACCUCUACCGGGUCGACAUGGCCUUCAGAUACGACGUCAUUACCGCGCAUUCUGGAAGCGUGUCUACGGGGUGCCACGCAUGAUAGUCAUUGAUGGCGAGAAAGGCUUCUCUGCAGGUGAGUUUCCAGAAGCUGCUGAAGGAGACGGUUCCGGGAUCAAGGUGACGAGUGCCGCUUCACCAUGGCAGGCGGGCAAGACCGAGCGCGCUGGAGGCACCUGGAAGGAGACCUUCUACCGAACCAGGCAGAAGUUCAACACCAACAACUGGGAGGACUUCUACGAGCUCGUGGAUGCGGUCAACGUGGCGAUGGGCGAGAGCGUUCGCCGAGGAGGCUUUACACCUUAUCAGAGAAUUUUCGGACGACCAUCUCGACUUCCUGAGAAGAUCUUAGAAGAAGGAUCACCAAGUUUGUCAACGGUCCCCAGAGCGAUGAACGGUGACACCGAGUUGGCCAGGAGCAUCGACAUGCGCAAGGCCGCCAUGGCUGCCUACAUCGAGGCCGAGUGUUCAGAGAAGUGGAGACGGGCGCUUCAGAGGAGGACGAGACCUACAAGAGGCACCAUUUGUCAGCCAGGAGAUCGGUGUUAUUUCUGGCGAAGCAGUACUGACAAGCUGCCAACCAGUUCCUGGCAUGGACCUGCACGUGUCAUCCAGGUAGAGCUGCCUAGUACAGUGUGGUGCUCAUAUCAGGGAGGUCUACUCAAGCGCUCACCUGAACAGCUUCGACAUGCUAACGAGGCCGAGGUCGCAGCCUGGGAGCAUAUCGACAACGCCAUGAAGGAGGAGCUGAACACCGAGAACAGAGGACGUCGUAAAGACGAAGACCUCACUCGACAAGAUCAGCCACCAGACGAUCUCGAAGUGCCUCACGUUGCUCCACCAGAGCCGGCUGCGGAUGAUCAAGGAGCUGCCUCACAGCCGCCCAUCACAGAGAUCGAGAAGGCCGCGGAUGUCAACCCAGAGCUGAUUCCCAUGGCCCCCAAGUACUACGAUCAUCUAGACGACGUGCCGUUUUCGAUCAAAGAGAACGUCGACAGUCCGACCUCAGCCAUACCAGUCCGCGAGCGGAUUGCCGUCAUCGAAGAGAAGGUCAACAAGGAGGCGGAGGCACCACCCAAGAAGAAGGUCAAGAAAGUGAAGGCACCAGUCGUCAGCUCAGUCAUGCUCACCAACACCAAUCAACGACUUCGUAAGGAGUUCACCGAGAAGUCGCUUCUGAACACCUACAAGCACCAGCCCUACAUCGCAGCUAAGCGCAGAGAGUGGGGCAACAUCAAGAAUGCACAAGCAAUUCGACUACUUCCACCUGCUGAAGCCGAUAAAGUACGUCAGGAUCCCGAUCGAGCUUCCAGGAUCAUGGGCUCUCGCUGGGUGCUCACCGACAAGGGCGGCAAUCCGGAGGAGGUCGACGCUAGUAAGCGGCAGUUGAUGUUCAUGAGCGACGGCACCUGGAGGAUGGCAAAGGCUAGCUGGACCGUUCAAGGACACACCGACCCCGACCUGCUCGAUCUUGAGACCUACAGCCCAGUCGUCGGCAAGGACUCCGUGUUCCUGAUCUUGCAGAUCCUGUGCUCUACCAAGCGGACCUUGCAGCUAGCGGACAUCACUUCGGCCUUAACCGCUGGAGAUCCACUCGAUCGGUCUCAAGGCAGUCUUUAUGUGGAGCCACCUCGCACUGGGAUUCCUGAUGUGGAGGGCGGUUCGCUGGUGGAGUUACUCGAGGCAGUGUAUGGCCUAGGCGAUGCUCCACUACAGUGGCUAUCAGCUUCAACCAAGUACGCCAAGGAGAUCGGCCUCCAGGGAUCUAUCUUCGACAUCUGCGUCUUCUACCUGAGAGACGAGAAGGGACUUCACGGCAUCAUGGGCCUCACGGUGGACGACAUCGUGGGCGGUGGAGACGUUCUAUUCGACACUGCCUGUCAGAAGCUACGAGAAAGGUUUCCUUUCGGAGCGUGGCGCCACAAGAGCGGGAAGUACACCGGUAAGGAGCUACAGCAGAACGAGGACAACACCGAGAUCACGAUAUCCCAAAGCUUCAGUUCGAGCAGCAUCCAGCUACUAAUCAACAUAGCCACUGAACGUCGUAAAGGGCCUCAUUCUGCAGUUUCACCUGAAGAACUCCACCAAGCACGAAGUUUGUGCGGUUCAAUUUCGUUUCUGGCCCGUGAGAGCAGGCCCGAUUUAUCUGGUCCAGUGUCCCUACUCCAAGGAAAGAUGCCCAACCUGGUGGUGGGCGACUUGCUGGAGACGAACCGCAUCGGCAGGAUGACCAAUGAAUUCAGCUCGGUGAUUCUCAAGAUCAAGCACAUCCCAUUUCACGAGAUGGCUUUUGUAGUUUUCAAUGACGCGGCCUGGGCAAAUGCCAGAGAUGGAGCUUCACAGGCUGGAUGCAUCGUGUUCGCCACACAGCGCAAUAUUCUCAAAGGUGAGCCCGCCAUCAUCUCGAUCCAGUCCUGGAAGAGUCACAAACUUAAAAGGAAGUGUGCUCACCAGUUCGGUGCCGAGAUGCCGGCGAUUUCAGAGGGAAUGGUGAUGGGAGAGCUCAUUCGCACCAUGUUGCUCGAGAUUAUGGACAGCGGGUUCGACCUGAUGAGGCUCUACAUGCUAGCAUCUAUGUUUCCAGUGAUCAGCGCCGCCGACUCCAGAGGCGGCUACGACCACGUGACCAAUCCCAAGGCAGGCUUGGCCGAGGACAAGCGCGCCGCCAUCGACGUAGCCAUCGUUCGAGCAGCCAUGCAACGACCAGAAGUUCACCUUCGGUGGAUCGAGGGCACCAGCCAGCUCACCGAUCCACUCACCAAGCGUAAGGGCGAGAGCGCCCUACUACGACAAGCUCUACAUGACGGAGAAUACGGCAUCAUCGCAGACAGCAUCGUGCUUCGCCGACGGUACGAGGACAGAGUUCGACGCCAGAAAAAGGAGCCAGCCAAUUUCGCCGUGACCAGCUGCUGCUUCUCUGGGCUCCACCUCUACGAGAUGGACUGCACGGGCACUUUAGGUGCCACCAGCAACGUGGACGAUCUCAACUACGAGCCCGAAGCCUACAAGCGCCUCAGGGAGACCCAGCAGAUCUUCCGAGAGAGGCCCGAGGCUAGCCGCUUGAACCAGGCGGGAAUGAGGUCGAGGAGUUGCACGGGUUCUGAGCAGUAG